UCUGUAGGGUUGGGGAGGCGGCAGGCAGGAGCCACAGCCGCCUCCCCGGAACUGGCAGGGCCAGGUAGGCAGGCUGGGUUUGGCAGCACUGCUUGCGAGGAGAGUUGGAGACUGAGUGGAGCCUGUGGGUUUCAAAAAACUUCGAGUAAAAAUGUCUGACAAAAUAUCAUAUUACAAGUUUAAGAACCUAAGACCAAGCCAGAUGCUUUUACAAGCCUUAGCCCUAAUUCAGCAAAAUGAGGACAUCGAGGAGGCACUUAGACAAAUACGAAUUCUUUCCAGAAACCGCGGUAAGAAGACAACAGUUGAGCUGUUGAAAUUAUUGACUGCUUACUGUGAUGAAAAAUUUGACCUAGACAAGGAGUUGAAGGAAUUAGAAACUAUUCCACCAAAAAAACAUGAUGAUUUUCUCUUGGGCUACCCUACGCGUCGAAUAAGUUGUGCUGUGGUAAAUACACCAUCACCAUGUGUCAACAAAACCGUUGGUCACAUUGAAGAUUUGGAAAUAAAGAUAGAAGAAUGCUUUCAUCAGUUUGAGUGUCUCCUUCGGGAAAGGUUUGAAAGCCCAAUUAAGGUGCAAGAAAUUGAAGGAUAUAUAUUCCCCAAGCCUUCAGAUUUUCAUGCAAGAUUCUUCACAAAAGAAGAUGGAAAUUUAAAGCAUCAAACAGUGACUGUGCUAGCAGAUGCUAUUCACUUGAUCAGGACCCUUGAAACUGACCGUAAAGAUGCUGCAGAUGCUUUAAUAGAACAAAGAUUAAGGAAGAGACUUAUUUGCAGUAAAAUUGAUGGUUUGUCAUUUUGGAGGCUUCAAAAACUUCCUUUUGCUGUGCAGCAAGAACAUGAGACUUGUUCAUCAGAAAUCCUGGAAUUACAGGGGAAUCUUGAGAAGGAAAUGCAGAAGUUAAAGAAGCUUAAGAAUCUAGUGUCCAAGGAGGAAGCAACUACUAUGACACUUAAAAGAGAUGUACAAUUCAUGAAGGAACAUAAGCCCCUGCUGGAAGAAAAGCUGUUUGUAGAAACAGAAAUCUUGAGGAAGUUAUAUGAGAAAAGAGAUGAGGCAUUAGCAUCAUGCCAGGCAGUUCGGGAUGCACUGGACCAGAUUUUGUUUCAGUAUCAAUUAACCAUUAGAAUGUCUAAAAAAGAAAAAGAAAGAAUGGUCAGAGAUCUAAAAGUAGCUGAAGAAAACUUAGAUCGCACUGAGAAAGACUUAAAGAAUACACAGCAGGUUUUUAAGCACUAUUGUACAGAAGUAGAAAAAGUUAAGAAGAGCCUUGAUUUGCAAAAAGAAGAAUUACAUUUCUUGCGUAAAAAUAGACAGGAAACAAGAACUAAAGUCAAUGAAUUAACAACUAAACUAAUUGAGUUGAAAAAAGUAGUAUAUCUUAAUUCCGAGAAGAUUAAAAAGUUAGAAGAGGAAUGUGAAACUUCAUUGAAUGAAUAUCAGGAUGCAAAAAAAUUAUGGACCAGUGAAAUCCGAAAGCUACAGAAUGAAUUUGCAAUAGUCUUCAGAAAAGCAGAUUCACUAAUGAAAAAAAAUAAAUUAAUUGAGAAAGAAAAUCAAGCUGCAGUACAGAAAAUCAGAAAUAGUAUAAGCAAAAAAAGAGACCAUAUCAUGAACGUCCAUGAAUUAAAGAUACUAAAAAGUCAAUAUGAUGAGACAUUCGAAAAAUUGUUAAGAGACAUUGCUCAUGUGACUAAUAUUUACAAUAUAACCAAAGUGAAAACAGAUGAAUGGGAACAAAGAUUAAUGGAAGAAAGAAAAAAAUUCAUGCUCCUGGAAGCAUACUUUAAAAAGUUAAUCCGAGAUCAAACAGGACUUGCAAUAAUGAUUAAGAAUCGAAUGGAAACAGUCAUGGCAGAACAUGAAGAACAGAAAAGAUACAUGGAAGUAAAGAAAGAGGACGCUUUACAGGCAUUGUCUGAGAUGGAAGCACCUUUUCAAGAACUAUUAGAAGAAGUUGCAAGAGUCAAAGAGUUGAAAGAUGAACAAAUUGAGACAAUUCAAGCUUUGGAAGUGCACAAAGAAGAAGUUGUAAGACGGCGGACCCAAAUACAAAUGGAGUAUGUUCAGAGAAAAUCGGAAAUGUUGGAAGCAAUAGUGACCUCAAAGAAAAGACGUGUCACUCUUGCCAAGGAAAUUGAACUAGCCAAAACUACAAUUGUCACUCUGACUAAGGAAAUAAAACAUACAAAAGAAGAGCUUGAGACAAAAAGGGACGAGAAGAUAUUUCUCGAUGAAAAACUUGGCAAAUUGAGGGAAAUCUAUGAAUUUGCAAAAUAUAACAGGAGCAAUUAUAAGGAACUGUUUGAUAUGCUCAUUGAUGAACUGAAGAUUUUAGAAGUCAGAAUGAGCCAGGAAAGAAAAGCAUUAGAUAAUUCCCUAAUGUCAAGAAAAGAAAUUCUGCAGACGAAAACUAUUAAAUAUCACAUUUCCCUGGACGAAAACCUGCGCUUGGCUCAAGAAUAUCAGCAAGCUCUGAAACAUUUCUUACAAGUAAAGGACUGGUAUUUGGAUGAAUUCCAUAAAAAGAUGUCAGCUAAAGCUGCUGUUAGAGAUGGGCUACAGCUCCUUCUGCUGCAAGAAAGGAUGCAUUUUUCAUUGGUGGAGUACUUCAUACUGCGAACCCUCUUUAGCAAGUUAGAGCUGGAAAUGACCCAGCGAAGAGCUCAUGGGAAUAUUUGUAGAAUAAUACUUUUGGAGAGGAAGGCUGACACACUAGUUCAGCGCAUCAUAGAUUUCAUGCAAUCUUUGUCAGAUGGCUCUUGGAAAACUGAAGGCUAAGCAAA